AUGAACACCCUCUUUACCAUCGCCUUAUGUUUGACCUUCGCCGCCACCACCCUUGCUUUUAAUCCAAUGAUAGGCGGUAUGGGUAUGAUGGGAGGUAUGGGUAUGAUGGACCCCUACAUGAUGGGUAUGGGAGGACUUGGUAUGAUGGGAGGUAUGGGAGGACUUGGUAUGAUGGGAGGUAUGGGAGGUAUGGGUAUGAUGGGUGGUAUGUACAACCCAAUGAUGAUGGGUUAUGGUGGACUCGGUAUGCUCGGUGGAAUGGGCGGAUACGGUAUGAUGGGCGGUAUGCUCGGUGGAAUGGGCGGAUACGGUAUGAUGGGAAAAUAA